AUGAAUAUUUUAUCAAAAAAAUGUCCAGAUUGUGGAGAAACAAAAGAUAUAAUAGAGGAUUAUAAGAACGGGUAUAACGUAUGUGCAAAAUGUGGUUGUGUGUUGAAAGAUAGAGUAAUCGAUGAGGGUAUUGAAUGGAGAAACUUUUCUGAUGGUUCUAAACCAAAUAAAAGCAGAGUUGGAUCUAGUGAGAAUCCAUUUAUUGAAAAUACACAAUUAGACACUAUGAUUGCUACUAAUGCUGUUGGUGCUUAUAAUUUAAGUAAGAUCCAAUCAAAAUCUUAUAUGAAAUCAGGAGGGAAAAACUAUAAAUCGGGAAUGAAUCUUAUAACAGCACACUGUGAACAACACAAUUUGUCACAGGCUGUACAAGAUAGGGCUUUAUAUGUUUUUAAGAUUGUGGAGGAUAAAAAAUUAGUUAAAGGAAAGAAUGUUGAGGGAGUAAUAGCAGCUUGUAUUUAUAUAGCUUGUAAACAAGAAGGAUGUCCCAGAACAUUUAAAGAAAUAUCAGUUGUUACAUCAAUUCCAAAGAGGGAAGUAGGUAAGUGUUAUAAAAUGAUAUUUAGAGAUGUUGAUGGCGUUAAGUUAUUUGAAACUGCUGAUAUCAUUCCAAGAUUUUGUUCUGAAUUAAGCUUAAAUGGAAAGAUUCAAUCAGUUGCUUCAGAAAUUGCUAAAAAUGUUUGUAAUUUAGAAAUUUUGACAGGAAGAAGUCCUGAUUCAAUAGCAGGUGCUGUUAUUCUUUUAGUGUUACAUUUAUUUCCAGAAAAAUUAAGUGCUCAAAGAAAAAUAGUUAAUGUGGCUAAUGUAACUGAAACGACUAUUAAAAAUACUUAUAGAGAUUUAAUUCCACAUCUUAAAGAUAUUCUUCCAUCUGAAUAUUAUCGUGAAGGAAUUGAAGAAUUUUUUAUCAAAUAA